GUAGGGGCUGGAGCCUCAGAGGAUAAAACAGGGCUGCACCAGGCCAGCACUGUGGCCUCUGGAUCACUGCCCUCUGAGACCUACAGUUCUGGCAUUGUGUCCCGCAGACAUGGCCCUGUCCCUGCGUGUCGCUGUGCUGCUCCUGGCUGCUGUGGUCUUGGGCCUGGCCAUGACCUCCACUGCCUUUAAGAUCUCCCCAGAGAGACCUCGCCUAAUGGGAGAAAUGGAAGAUGCAGACAUCAACGAUGAGGAAGUGCAGUAUGUAGUGGACUUCACCAUCAAGGAGUACAACAAAAACAGCAAAGACGAGAACCUCAGCCGUUUGGUGCGGGUGGUGCGUGCCCGUCAGCAGAUCGGGAUGGGCAUGAACUACUACUUGGACUUGGAGAUGGGCAGAACCACAUGUACCAAGUCCCAGUCCAACCAGGAGGACUGUCCUUUCACUGAGGAGCAGAAGCAGCUCUGCUCUUUUGUGGUCAACUUCAGGGCCUGGGAGUACUAUAUCCACCUGGAUAGCUCCAGCUGUCGCAGUGUCUGAGGUUCUGCUGUGGCCAGGCUACAACAACCAUGCCUCACCCAUAUCCGCUGCAGUGUCCCCAACCUCAAAAUGGAGCCUGGUCCUGGGGAAAGCCCCUUGGUGCCCUAGAACCUGGCGUCCAGGCAGCACGUACACUCAUGUGCUGUCCCCUCUUCCUUUGUCCUGUGCGUCACAACCACACCUGUAAUGCAACGCACACAGCCG